AUUGCAGCGGAAGCGCAGCGACAGAUCGAAGAUCUACAAGCACAAGUUCGACUGUUGACUCAAAAGGCUACGGCAGCAGUCGACAAGUGGGCAGACUACGAAGACGAAAUUCAACAGCUAAAGGCACAAGCACAGGCCCGGAAUUCGAAUGAAGCUGCAAGACAAGAAGAAGAGAGAGCAGGCAGCCCAAGCAGAUUUUCCUACCUCCCGGUACAGAACCGACUAUCGUCCUUCCUCAAUUCUCGCAAAUCAACUCCGAACUUGAAAUCCCCGCCUCCGCCGCCCACACCUUCAGCAACUGAUCUCGCAGCUGCUCUGACGAGAGAACAGGCUUUGAGGGCAUCUGCGGAAACCAAGUUGGACAACGCGAGUAAUGAACUGGAAGAGCUGAGCGCACAGUUGUUUGAGCAAGCUAAUGAGAUGGUGGCUACGGAGAGAAAGGCUAGAGCGAAGUUGGAGGAACGUGUGGAAGUCCUUGAGCGGAGAGAUGGGGAGAAGAGAAAGAGGCUGGAGAGGUUGGAGGGCGCGGUUGCAAGGAUCGAAAGG